UAAAAUAUUAUAAUGUUUUUUUCUUUUGUUUCAACAACACCAGCGGCAGCAAAUAAGAGAAACGCAUACAAAUAACAACAACGCGACAAGCACAAAAUCAGUGGCAACCAGUGUGAGCCUAAAUAAGUAGUAAUAAAAAUAGCAGACAGCAGGGCGAAAGGCGCAAUGGCGCCAGUGCCGCACGCACGCACGCACACAUAUCUAUGUAUGAUAUUCCAGAGAAUCUCCUUUCUUCCACAACGAUUUUAAAUAUCAAGAAUGAGCCAUAAUACGAAACAUAGCCACAUUGCGCCACUUUCAUGGCAGACUGGGCAGAAUGGACAAUCAGCAGCACAAAGCUUUUCACAGUCACAAUAAGGUUUAACGACGCGUAAGUUAAAGGUGAAAAAGUAAAACUGACACACUUAAACGGCUCGAAAGCAAACAUAUAUACAUACGUUUAUGUGCAAACUUUAUUGAGGGUGGCAAUGCAAUGAACGUUUGACUUCAAGGCACGCGAGCAGAUAAAGAUAAAGAGUGGCAAGUAAACAGAAAAGAAAUUGCACCGCAGGAGUUCAAAAGCAAACACCUCUAUGAGUGGUAAUUAUCGCGUGUUGACAACACAUCAAACUGAAAGGCUAAAUCAGAACAACAAGUGAGUGGUGAAGCUAAAGAGAGACAAUGAAGGGCUCGCUUGUAGUUAAAGUGACAAACGUGUGGUUGAACAAAAAAAAAAAAAAUGCCGCCAACAGCAAUUUAUUAUGACAAGCAAAAAUGACAACACAGGGCAAAUAAAUAAUUUUUUAGAUAACAAGUUAGAAUUUGGUGAAAGAAGGGAAAAUCCACGAAAAUAGUUACAAUAAUUGUAAAAUUAGUAAUUCUAUUUGAUAGGUGAACACUCAUGACAAGUAGCAUAAACAAAUUUUAAUAUAAAAUUCAAAAUUUAUCCAGCAAAAAAUAAAAUGAACAAAGCGAAAACACAAAGCAUACAAAAACCGUCAAAUAACUAUAACAUCGUAGAUAAAGUGCAAGCGAAAGAGUAGUCAGUUCUUCAACGGUAUUCUCAACACCAACAUUCACUAACGGCUUCGCCUUUUUUCACCGACUCUACUACAACCACUAUAGACAGUCGUCGACUUCACUAGCGUCGAAAUGUCAUCGCCAGAGCACUUCGUAACGCCAACUUCCUCAACAGCACGUAUCCAUUACAGUGACGAUUUCCCAAGUGGCAGUGUGGGUGGUGGCGGCCCAUACGCCCAGCAUUACACUAAAAACGGCGGCCAGGCAUCACAGGGUGCCACACCACAUGGCUCGCCACAGCUCACACAACGACUUGGCCGACAUUUAAGUAAAUCCGCAUCGGAAUUGAAUGGACACGACUGCCACGACGAACGCGACUCGCCACGCACAUCACCGAAACGUGCCAAAAGCGCCGCCACAGCGCACAGUGGCGGUGGCGGUUCAGGUUCGGGAGCCAGCGGUGUCUUCCAUAAGACGCACGGCUUUUUCAAUACGCUGAAGCAUCGUUGGAGUCGCGCGAAAAGUAAGGAUCGCGCUGGUCGUAAAUCACCAAGUGAUUUUCUUGAAGAGAGCACCGAUUAUGCUGCCGAUUAUAGUUCCGAGAGUAGCUCGGUUACACAAAGUCCACGUCAUCGUGCCACAACGAUAGGCGGUUCACCGCUGACGAAAGAAUUUAGCGCAUCGGCGAGAAUGGCGCAAAUGAUACAUCGCUUUGGUGGAUCUAUGGAGGGGCGAAUCGAGGAACAGCCGGAGAAUGGAAGCGGUAAUGGUAGUACUGGUGGUGGUGGUGGUGUGGGAGUUGGAUCAGCGAGUAUGGAAGAAUAUGUGACGCCAAAGCACAUUGAAUCGCUGCAGCUCCUUCAUUUGCAGCACUUCCAGCGUAACACCAAAUUGGCAGAGUCAUCGAAGCGUUUGAAGUCACAGAUCUGGAGCUCGGUCGUCACGAUAUUGUUGGUCAAAGCCAAAGAUCUGCCAUUGGCCGACGAUGGCAGCAAACUCACCGAUAUACAUAUUAAAUUUAGACUCGGCAAUGAGAAGUACAAAAGCAAGUCUUCCUGGACCGAACGUUGGCUGGAGCAAUUCGAUUUGCAUCUCUUCGAUGAGGAUCAAAAUCUUGAGCUCUCACUGUGGAAUCGCAAUGCGCUCUACGGCAAAGCGAACAUCGAUUUGAGUGUAUUCCAGCGUGAAACCACGCACGGCAUUUGGCGUGCCUUCGAAGACUGUUCUGGUGAAGUGUUGCUUAUGUUGACCAUAAGUGGCACCACCGCUCUCGAAACCAUUACCGAUCUCAAGGCGUACAAGGAGGAUCCGCGUGAGGUGAAAAUUAUGCGCGAUCGUUAUCGUUGGCAUCGUUGUUUUCAGAAUUUACGUGAUGUCGGUCAUUUGACGGUGAAGGUGUUCGGUGCGACUGGUUUGGCUGCUGCCGAUAUUGGCGGUAAAUCGGAUCCAUUUUGCGUGCUCGAGUUGGGAAAUGCGCGUUUGCAGACGCAAACGGAAUACAAGACGCUAACGCCGACGUGGAAUAAGAUUUUUACGUUCAACGUCAAAGACAUCACACAAGUACUCGAAAUCACCGUAUAUGACGAAGAUCGUGAUCACCGCGUGGAAUUUCUAGGUAAAUUAGUCAUACCGCUUCUACGCAUCAAAAAUGGUGUAAAACGCUGGUAUACGUUGAAGGAUAAGAAUCUGUGCGUGCGCGCAAAGGGACUAUCACCACAAAUCUGCCUUGAGAUGAUCGUAAUUUGGAAUGAUGUGCGCGCCAUUUGCCGCAUAUUACAGCCAAAAGAGGAAAAACUCAUACAACAGGAAGCGAAAUUCAAGCGGCAGCUAUUUCUGCGCAACGUCAAUCGGCUGAAAGUGAUUAUAAUGAAUAUCUUGGAUGCGGCGCGUUAUGUGCAGAGUUGCUUUGAAUGGGAGUCACCGCUGCGCUCAGCCAUCGCUUUUGCACUUUGGAUUUUAGCUUGCGUCUAUGGCGAUUUGGCCACCGUGCCACUAGUGCUGCUGCUAAUCAUAAUCAAAAACUGGCUGGUGCGCAUGAUCACCGGUACGAGUAGUGAUCCUGCCGCUGGCUACUAUGAUUACGACUACGAUGAGGACGAUGACGAUGAUAAGGAGAAAGAGGAGAAGAAAUCGAUUAAAGAGCGACUACAAACUGUGCAGGAAGUAUCGCAGACAGUACAAAAUACCAUUGGCUAUUUGGCAACGUUGGGCGAAAGCACUAAAAACACUUUCAACUUUUCCGUCCCCGAACUGACAUGGCUGGCGGCGGUGCUACUAAUUGGCGCUAUUGUCGUCCUUCACUUCAUUCCCAUACGCUUUCUGCUACUCUUUUGGGGUAUCAUGAAAUUCUCAAGACGUAUACUGCGCCCAAACACGAUACCCAACAACGAGCUGCUGGACUUCCUAUCACGCGUGCCAGACGAUGAACUAAUUAAUCAAUUCCGCGAACUGCCGCCCACCGCGCCCACCGAUCAAUCGCGCAAUAAUCCAAAGAAAAAAUACAAACCCUCAUAGUCCAUUGCUAAUCUGAACGAGAGUGGUGCGCUGCAACAGCUCCAAGAUACGGCCUUGGCACAACACAUUGGCGGCAAUAAUGCUGCUGGCACCAGCGUCACAAUGCUGCCGCAACAUGUUGUCAGCGUGUCGACACGCUCUGUGCGCAACAUGUUCAAAGCGAGUCGCGACAAUUUCAAGCAACAAUUGAAUAAAGCUUACGGUAAAAGUGUAAAAAAAUCGAAUUAGCGCAAUUUGUAUAGUUAAAAAAAAAAAACUCAAAGGAAUUUAGUAAGAAAAAACUACUCCAAAUCUAAGCACAAAUUGUUGAAAAAUUAAAGCGAUUAGAUUAAUUAAUUAAUUAUUAGCGGUACUUAGUCAAUUGACUUGAAUGUUGUUUCUUACGGAAACCUACGCAAUUUAUUGAGUAUACUAUAUAUGUAUGUAUAAACAAACAACGCACUUCCAAGUUCCAGAGCUCACACAAUUAAACUCAAACUUAUGCAAUUAACUGAUUCAAACUGAUUAUUAAUAACUAAAUACUUAAACCUAAUUAAAAUUUUUACUUAUAAAUAUACACUCAUUUACAUACAUACAAACGUGCAUUGAUAUAUUUAUUGCCGAAAAAUCUCACUAUUUACAAACAAUGCAGUAUCUUAAAAAAAGUUUUAAAAUAUAAUGUUACUUAAAUAUAUGUAAAUAGAAGAUAAUAAAAUAAAUCGUCACAAUCAAUGCAAAAGGAAAAAAAGUCCUUAAGACUAGAAGUACU